AUGUCAGACUCGGAGCUCUCGGAAGCAGUGGACUUGCCCACGGACGCAAAGAUCACAGAAUGCCUUCAGCAGGUCGUACGCGACGGUCUCAAAGCAGACGAAGACAUAACCAUCAAUCUUGCUCGCUCACGUGCUGAGAAGGCCCUUGCGCUCGAUGCAGAGUUCUUCAAGAACAAUACUACGUGGAAAUCCAAAAGCAAAGAAAUCAUCCAGGCGACUGUAGAGGAUCGACAAUCACCCGUGAAACCAAAGAAGAGCGUACCGAAAGCAAAAGCGAAGCCAGCACCCAAGGCAGGGACGAAACGCAAGUCUGACGAGGCACAACCCAAGACGAAGCGGCAGAAGAAAGCAGUCGCGCCGCCGGAGUCAGAUGAGGAUGAUGAUGAGGUGGCAGCUGAUUCGGAGAUUGAGGAUGGAGCAAAGUCUCCAGCUCCAGCAUCAAAUGCGAAAGUGUCCAAGAAGACUUCGGUUGGAGACAGCGAGGAUGAAGAGCCGAAGGCAGACGACAGUGCUCUUUCAGAACCACCAAAAGAAGCAGACGAGGCCCCGAAAACCAAUGGCAAGCCGGCUAUGGACGAUGACAGCGACAUGUCUGAUGUCAUAGAUGAACCGCUACCCAAGAAAAAACGACAGAAGAAGUCCACAUCGCCUUCCGCUAACAAGGACAAGACGAAGAAGGCUGCCAAGCCAGCGAAAGCAGGCAAGGAGCUGACAGUAGAUGAUGAAGAGAUCAAACGAUUACAAGGCUGGUUAGUGAAAUGCGGCAUACGAAAGGUAUGGGGCAAGGAGUUGGCCAAAUGCGAUACAUCGAAAGCCAAGAUCAAACAUCUGAGGAGUCUGCUGGAAGAUGCAGGCAUGACGGGCAGAUAUAGUGCCGAGAAGGCGAAGCAGAUCAAGGAGUCGAGAGAGUUGGCUGCUGAGAUCGAGGCUGCGAACGAGUUCAAUGAUCAGUGGGGUCAGAAGAAGGGCGAAAUCCAGGAAGAAAGCGAAGAAAGUGCUGUGGAAGAGGAGAUCAAAGCCAGGCCACGGAAGCCGAGAGGCUUGAUUGACUUUGGAGACAGUGGUGACGAGGACAGCCCUUGA